AUGGACUCUGCCACCAAGCUGGUCCUACCUGUUGGGCAAGAGCCAGAAAAAGAGACAAAAUAUAAUUCUUCCGAGUCACAGGUGUAUACAAGAGACAGUUUGGUGACAACUGUCGGGACACAAGGUCAAGCUGUCCAAGAGAGCCUGGAACCUGAAGAACAGAGCCAACAUACAGCCAAGGAGGAAGGUAACACCAACCUCUUUCUACUGCCCUUCCCCAGGAAGCUCUGGACCAUGGUACACAAUGAGGCCUUCCAGUCUUUGAACUGGAGUGACAACAGAGACAGCAUCAUGAUUAAGGUAGACAUGUUUCAGAGAGAGGUCCUUCACUGCAGAGCUGCAUGGAAGAUUUUUGAAACGAAAAUCCUGGAGCGUUUCAUUCGCCAGCUCUACCCGUAUGGGUUCAGUAAGAUUUGCCCAAAGGAUUCUGCACUCCAGUUUAGAAUGAACAGAAAAAUGAUGGUCUACAGAACCUUCAACUUUCAGAGAGACAAACCAGAGCUCCUGAAGAUUAUUAGGAGGAAGAAAUGGGUGAGCAAGGCAACAUCUCCAGUCCCAAGUGCGGUUGAACAAGGGCAGGAUCCAAAGAAGGUGAAGCUUUUACCUCCCGGACUUUACCAAUGGUUCCAAAAGAGAGAGCACGAUGGCAUGAAGUCCCAGCAGCGGGGGCCCAACAACCAGACACCAGCAGGCAACCUUUCCACCCGGCUUUCUAGUACAUACAAUCAGAGCAACAUCCCUGAAAGUGUCCCAGACAACUGUCCACCUCAGCAGACAAGUGUCCCAUGUGGAGAGGGCACAUCGGAUAAUGCUACAGUCCCUCCUUUAGCUACGGGGCAUGUGCCCAGUAGCUCCUCACGGUACCUCAGGGUUUUACUGAGUGUCACAUUAGCAGCUGGUAACUGGGUGUAUAAGAAGAUGGACAUGCCUCUUCACAUGAUCAGGCCUGAAUGCCCCCUCAAGUGA